AUGUACCGAUGGACAACAGUAUAUGCUAUGAGGACUGUUCAGGCUGAUCCAAAAUAUGACGGCAUUCUUCGGAAUAUCUCGGAUGGGACCAUGGAAGCUUACAUGAUGCCACCCUUUGCGUCAAACCACGCAUCGUUCAUUGAGCCUCUUCCAAAUGGUGACCUUGUCAUGGCUUGGUUUAGUGGAAUAUCGGAAGGGAUGAGCAAUGUUGCCAUUGUUUUCAGCCAAUUGAAAAAUAAUUCCAACCAAUGGUCAAAAGCACAGGUCGUGUCCCAGAGAAAAGGAUACUCUAAUCAAAACCCAGUGUUCUUUUAUGAUAAUAAAACAGAUGCUUUGUACCUUUUCCACACGCAACAGGAAGCAAAAAAAUCACAACUUGGAACAAGAAGUGAAGAAUCCGCAGAAAUAUGGGUGUUGAGUGCAUUGAAUGUGACGAAUUCUUCCAAUAUACGGUUUUCCCCACCGCGCGUGAUGUUUAAACACAAAGGUUCGUUUGAUCGAAAUAGAGUUGUUGUAUCUUUGAGAAAUACAUGGUUGUACCCUAUAUACUACGCCGGCGGAUCCAGCAAGGAUCAAAGUUCAAAUCUAAAGGAAUGUGUGGAUCACAACGUGUUCAGUUCUUGGCUAGACCAUCCGUUUUUGGACACCAACUAUCUGGUUCAACCAUCCGUCAUCAGGCCAAAGAAAGGUGAUCUGCGACUCGUGGCAUUCUUUCGAGACAGGAGAGCACAGUACAUUUAUAAAGCCGAUAGUUCUGAUGAUGGUAAAACGUGGUCUAAACCAACAAAAACAACAUUGCCCAAUAACAACAGCGGGAUAGAAGCCACGGUUCUCAGCAGCGGUAACUUUGCUAUCGUGUACAAUCCAACAAACAAAGAUCGAAAUCCUCUCAGUAUUUCACUGUCUACAGACCAAGGUCUAACUUGGAAGUACACAAGAAACCUAGAAUAUAAAACAGAUGAAAAUGGAGUCGAGUUCAGUUAUCCCACCUUGUUUCAGGACUCCACGGGCAGGAUUCAUAUCUCCUAUACAUACAAUCGAGAGACAGUAAAACACAGAGUCAUUCCGAAUGAACAAUGGAUUAUGCAACAAUAAAACAAUA